ACACACCCGCUCGGUUCUUCCCACUCCCGCCACACUGCACCAGCUUCCGUCCCCAAGUCCUGAUUCAUGAACCGUGCCACCUUUGUCUCAUUUUAAACUGUGCAGACUAUUUUAAUCUUGCCACCCCCAUCCCAGAUUUCCCCCUCCCUUCAUCCUCUGGAAGCUCUGAUGUAAAGCGCUUGCUAGGUGGGAGAGCGCUUCUCCCAAUCCGCUCGGGUAGGCGAGUUUCCGAGAAGCCCCCUCCCCGGGACCCCGCCGCGAGCGCGGGGGAAGCGCCUCGGUCCCUUUAAGGUGCCGCGCUCUCCGAAGUGCGGGCAGGGAGCCUGGGCGCCGGCGCGGGUCCUGGAGCCGGGUGGGGAAGUCCUGCGCCCUCCCCCUCCGUCCGCCGCCCAGCCUCGGGGGCCAGCCCCCUCCGCCCACCGCACACGGGCCAGCCCCCUCCGCCCACCGCACACGGGCUGGCCAUGCGGCGGCUCUGAACGAUGUCCUCCUCCUCCUACGCCAAGAACGGGACCGCGGACGGGCCGCACUCCCCCACCUCGCAGGUGGCCCGAGGCACCACAACCCGGAGGAGCAGGUUGAAAAGAUCCGAUGGCAGCACCACUUCGACCAGCUUCAUCCUCAGACAGGGUUCAGCGGAUUCCUACACAAGCAGGCCGUCUGACUCCGAUGUCUCUUUGGAAGAGGACCGGGAAGCAAUUCGACAGGAGAGAGAACAGCAAGCAGCUAUCCAGCUUGAGAGAGCAAAGUCCAAACCUGUAGCAUUUGCCGUGAAGACAAAUGUGAGCUACUGCGGCGCCCUGGAUGAGGAUGUGCCUGUUCCAAGCACAGCUAUCUCCUUUGAUGCUAAAGACUUUCUACAUAUUAAAGAGAAAUAUAACAAUGAUUGGUGGAUAGGAAGGCUGGUGAAAGAGGGCUGUGAAAUUGGCUUCAUUCCAAGUCCACUCAGACUGGAGAACAUACGGAUUCAGCAAGAACAAAAAAGAGGACGUUUUCACGGAGGGAAAUCAAGUGGAAAUUCUUCUUCAAGUCUUGGAGAAAUGGUAUCUGGGACAUUUCGAGCAACUCCCACAUCAACAGCAAAACAGAAGCAAAAAGUGACGGAGCACAUUCCUCCUUACGAUGUUGUGCCGUCAAUGCGUCCGGUGGUGUUAGUGGGGCCGUCACUGAAAGGUUACGAGGUAACAGACAUGAUGCAGAAAGCCCUCUUUGAUUUCCUGAAGCACAGGUUUGAUGGGAGGAUAUCAAUAACGAGAGUGACAGCUGACAUUUCUCUUGCUAAGAGGUCUGUCCUAAAUAAUCCCAGCAAGAGAGCAAUAAUUGAACGUUCGAACACCCGGUCCAGCUUAGCGGAAGUACAAAGUGAAAUUGAAAGAAUCUUUGAGUUGGCAAGAUCUUUGCAACUGGUCGUUCUUGAUGCAGACACCAUCAAUCACCCAACACAACUUAUAAAGACUUCCUUAGCACCAAUUAUUGUUCAUGUAAAAGUCUCAUCUCCAAAGGUUUUACAGCGGUUGAUUAAAUCUAGAGGAAAGUCACAAAGUAAACACUUGAAUGUUCAACUGGUGGCAGCUGAUAAACUUGCACAAUGCCCCCCAGAAAUGUUUGAUGUUAUAUUGGAUGAAAAUCAGCUUGAGGACGCGUGUGAACAUCUAGGGGAGUACCUGGAGGCGUACUGGCGUGCCACCCACACAACCAGUAGCACACCCAUGACCCCGCUGCUGGGAAGGAAUUUGGGCUCCACGGCACUCUCACCAUAUCCCACAGCAAUUUCUGGGUUACAGAGUCAGCGAAUGAGGCACAGCAACCACUCCACAGAGAACUCUCCAAUUGAAAGACGAAGUCUAAUGACCUCUGAUGAAAAUUAUCACAAUGAAAGGGCUCGGAAGAGUAGGAACCGCUUGUCUUCCAGUUCUCAGCAUAGCCGAGAUCAUUACCCUCUUGUGGAAGAAGAUUACCCUGACUCAUACCAGGACACUUACAAACCCCAUAGGAACCGAGGAUCACCUGGGGGAUAUAGCCAUGACUCCCGACAUAGGCUUUGAGUCUAAUGAAACAAAAAAUAUUCAUCUGUUGACAAUUUGCCAUAGCAGUGCUAGGAUAAACCAAUCAUCUUAACUUGGCUAACAUAGCACAGUAUUUACUGUGCUAAUGGGCUGCUGUCAUUUUAUGCUAAGUAAGGGGCAAAAAAAAAAUUACAUUAUGCCCUUGAGUCUAGAUGGAUAUUAGAUGCCCGAUCAUAUAGAUAUUUUUAAGUGCAACAUUUACAUGAUAACAGUACAUUUUGUUUUCUUCAUAGAUUUAGACACAUCAAUUUGUAAUUUAGGGUACUUACAAGGCACAUAUAAAAUAAUUUCCCAUGCCGGAAAUUCCAAAUGACCAGUUCCAGUUGGAACCAAUUUAUAAACCAAUUCCUGUUGGAAUUUGGGUGAAUUGACUAGAAAGUCUACUUGAGCAUGUUGUAAUCAAUUGCAAAAUCUGGGGGAAAAAAAAAACUAAUAAGAAAAUCGAAAUACCAAUAGAAGCCAAAUCCAGCUUUGGUAUUUAUUUGCUGGAAGCUAAAUUUACACUUAAAGUUGGAGUGUAUAAACAUUUUAAUAUAUGUUAAUGUUGCCAGAAUGACUUUUCAAACUUACCAAAUGUAUUGAUAGUGCCAAAAAAAAUCUCAGAAAUCUUAAUGCAGAAAUUAUAUAGUCUCCUCAGAUUUUAAUAUUUUUAUUUCUUUCCUGGCACAGCUGUUGUAUUCAAAGUGUUUUGCUUUUUGUUUGGUCAGUACUGUUAGCUCAUUUGAAGUUGGCAAAAACAAAUACAAACAAGCAAAAAACCUCAAAUUUUUUUCAGCAGUGAGAGAGAAUAGUAAAGAGAGGCCCAAGCAUAGCUGGUUAUGUGAAAUAUAAAAUGGGGUGUUGUUCUCCCUUUAAUCAAUCUGAGCACAACUACAUACAUCCAGGAAUCUGAAGUCAGAUAGUAAGGAUGUGGUACCAAUCCUCCCGAGUGCAAUGCUAAACACUUCCAGGUGGGAAUUCAUCUAUUUCACUUAACACAAACGCAGGGUCUGUAUUUCCUGCCAACAAGAUUGAGUAUCUUUCCAUUGCUUCUCUCAGUCUCUGUCUUUGAAUAUCUGAAUGUUCUGGCCCUUCAACAAAUUCUUUAAAUCAUGCUAAGGAAUUUCGUUUUAUGUGGACACACUCAACUUUGAUAUUCAGGAGGUGUUUUUACAAAAUGACUAAUUGAAAAAAGUUGAAACAAAUGAUUUUAAAAGCUUGCAGUAAAAAAUAAACUCAUAGAUUCAGCAAAUAUUUGUUGACUAAUAUUAUAGCAUUUUUAAUGCAGAAAAUUAUAAAGAAUUUGGAGAUUGAGCUGCCUUAUUUCUAAUGAACACUCCUCUUCAUCUUAUUAAGUCUUCACAGUUUUUCCAGUGGCUAUAAUUAUGGAAUUGGUGACCUAUGUUUUAUAGUAUCAAGGAAGCCUUAGAUUCACUCUGAUCCAAGAAAUUAUUGAAAUUGACCCUUUUUACACAAAUGUCUUAAAAAAAAAACUUAUUUCUAAAUGUCCAUAAUGCAUGCAUUUUCUAAAACCCCAAUAAGUCCAGCCAUAAAAGUUCUUUUCUGCUAGUACAUGUCAUGAAGCCUAUUUUUGAAAAUAAUGAUAAUUAAUUUUAUAGUAUCUUCUUUUCUCCCCAAGCCUUUCAAUAUUUAGGCACUCAAAGCAUGCACCAGUUCAGUAAUCUUGACCAUGGAAAUAAGUUCCACAUUACUGAUGAGUUAUAUAUAUAUCUUGAACCCCAUUACAACCUCACCACAUCCCCCUGCAUUUAUGUUCACUGUUUGUACCCCAUUAUGAACCUGUUUAGCUGAUAAUGAGGAUACCUAUAAUUCUGUAAGUCAUUUCAAAUAUUUGAUACAAUUAAAAAAUAUGGGCUUAGUAAAUUUUAAAAGUUAACAUGUGAUACUGGCUUGUGAGAUUCUUCUGUCAUCUAGUGAAGCUUAUAAAACUUUCAGUUAAGACAUUUUAAAAGAGUUAUAUCCAUUAGGCACUUUAAUAAACAUAUAACCUGCCAUUACUGAAUACUUUGUUAGAACACAGAAGAGCAUCUUCCAGCAAACAAAAAUAUAUUUAUUACAUGUACAGCACAUACUUGCAUGAGAAAGAAAACACUAGCCAAAACAUUUUUCUAUAUGCUUUACUGGUUUCUUGUUUGUGCGCAUUAAAGUAUUUAAUUGCAAAGAGUGCACCAAGGUGUACAAAUUUAGACUAGACAGCUGUUCAGCUUUUUCUGUAGUAGCAUUAGCAGUUUGGUCAUUUAACUACUUUAAGAUACUUACAUUUUAUGGCAGGUAGCUGUAACAGCAUUUAAAUAUAUUUCCUGGUCAUCAAGAUUACCAUCUUCUUUCAACUUUUUAAAAGUCACUUGUUUUUAAAGGUUUCUUAAAGCCUUUUUUUUAGUCUUCCAUGUCAUGCCGAUAAAGAGAGGCUCAUUCAAUAUCUGUGCACAAAACCAAUCUAUCAUUUACCAUCAGAUGUCCAUACCUGUUUUGCUUUGUAUUCUUAUUCAAAAGCUGACAAUCUUGGAAAGGGUAUAAUGUAUAUUUUAUUGAUGGAUAUAUUUAAAUGUUUACUUUAAUUUGGAAUAUUCUUUCCCCUUCCUUCUGUAAUAAGUUUAUCUUCCUCAAAUAAGGGGAUAUCUUAUUUUUUUUAAAGACUUAAGAGUUUAUUGUGUAAAUGAUACUUAAAAUCUAGAUAUAUACUAAAUGAAAAGUUUUAUUUUUGCCAAGCACACCAAGCACCUUUGAAAAGUACAUACUCCAUAAAUACUUGUUUUUAAUUAAUUUCAUUUAAAGAUAGCAAAUGAUUAUAAGCAAGAGAAACAAGUCUUUUACUGUUUUGAGGCUGUUUUAACUUACAGUAUAAGCCACAUACUAGAAUUCUGUAAUUUCAGUCACAGACAUAUAAUAAUGUGGACUCAUGUGACAAUGUGGAAAUGUAGUUCUGGAAAAAAAGGAAUGCAAUUUGUCAAUCCUGAUGUUAAUUCUCAAGGGUAUAAUGUGACUCUAAUAUUAUAACCAACAACAUUAUCUUGUUUAAUAUUUAAAGCAACACUUAGAAAUGUUUAUAAAUGAUGAUUCUCUCUUAUCUUUAUACAGUUCUAUUGGAGAGAAGGUUGAAAUUGUUCACAAUUUAGAUGAUGGUCUUUCCUAAUAACAGUCUUAAUUUUGUGACUAUAUAAGUCAUUGCAGUUAGUCUUUAAUGAAAUGAAUUUUAUUAAUGUAAAACAAAUUCUGAGACAAUUAUUUGUUUCCUUUAAAUAAUUUGCUAUUUAAUUAUUAUUGUCGUUGUUUGCAAAAUGUAUUUUUGGAAUGUUAACCUCUUUUCAUACCUGCAUACUUGAACUUGUCUUUUGUGUGGGGGCCUUAAAAUUCAUAAUAGGAAGUGGAGGCAGUGAAAGGAAGUAAGAAAAGGAAAUUAUGCUAAAAGAUGGUUUGCAAAUUUAAACUCUUUAAAUGAACAUAUCACAAAAUGUUGUUAAGACCCAGGAUGUCCAUUAAGAAUGUGUCUUGGCAACCUUAAUUUGCAUGUUAGUAUAUAUUUUCUUAGUUACACAGUUUUAUUUUGGUAUUUGCCUAAAAAAAUGUAAUACCAUUAUAGAAAUUACCCUAUGUACUGAUAUAUUUACUACCUCUUCUCUAGAGAAGACAAUCUGUCUUUAAAGGGAAAAACACUGGUCAAUAAGUAGUGAUCAAAAUUAUCACUAUUCUGGCUAACCUUGCUGCAAAGCUAAAUGCAUAGAUUGUUAAAAUAUGCCUUCCCUUUAGAUUUUAAACUGUUUCCAAAAUGCUCUUUGGCACCCUUUCAUUUCUUCCACGUUAGUGAAGUUUUCUUUGAAUUGGUUCACAGUUUAUCAUGAGGCAAGGUUAAUUUAACAAAUAAGUCAUCAUAGGUAACAAAACAAACUGCAAGGGAAUUGCCUUUGUGUGCAACUUGUUAUAAUAUCUAGUUCUAAGUCUAAAAGAGUAAAAGUCCAAAGACUUUAUGUUUAAGAGCAGCUGGUUUGCAAAUUCACAUUUUGUUGGUCCUUGACUUCCACAGAGCAUGACUUAGCCAUUUAGUGGGUAAGGAUAUGCAUUAUCUUGGACUCCCAUGUAAUUGGAAUAAACUUCAUAUCAAUGUUUCAAAUAAAUGCUAUGUACCCCUUAUUCCUUUUAUAUUUCUGCCUUUGUCUUUUAUGACAAUGUUGCAUGUUGUGUUUUUUUAAAUUAUAUAAAACUCAUCCUUGAAUGACUAUAUGAAUGAAAAAUUUAUAGGAAAUUAUGUAAUAAAAUCUGUUUUAUUAGUUUCUCAUACCUUUAAAUACUGUCAAUACUAUAACUGUUAGUAAGUUACUUACUCAAGCUGUGUCUAUGGGGCAGAGAACAGUCCUCUUCUUUAAAAUAAUCAUGAUCAAACCAGUCAAGUCAAUCCAAUUAGCUGUUAGACAGACAAUAAGGAUAACCUUCUUUUUGACUUAAGCAGUCAAGUUAGUCAAAAUAGUAAAAUUGGCUUAUAUGGGCACCCAGAACUACAGCAUUCAAAAAUUACUUUUAAAGAUUUCUUCUUUUAUUAAAAUGGACUUUCUUAAAUAAAAUACAUCCUCUGAUAGCAGCUAUCUCUUUUUACUUGUAAUGAUUAAUUCUAAAUGCUUCAUGUAAUCGAGGGACAUUAUGAGAAGACUAGAAAGUAUCUCAUCAGAUAAUCCUAAGGGCUGUAACUUCUACUUGCCAUAAACAAAGUAUAAUUAAGAGUGAGUAGCAAUUGGUUUGGGAAGUUGUAAUUAUAUAUAUGAAACUUUCUUUUGUUUCUCAUGAUGUAUGUAAAAUGUUUGCAGAAGGAUGGUAGAAAAUGUUGCUAAUGAAUUUAGAGUGGUUUGGGAGAAUACACUGAUACUUCCUCAUUUGAAAAUUAUAAGGAGUUACAAGGGGAACUAAGAACCAGAAGUGGCUAGCCUCUAGCUUUUCAAUACUUGAUAAGUGUUCUUGGUUAUGUUUUGAACACUUAAAUUUCUCAACAAAUGGCUAUGUCUGUAUUUAUGUAGGGGCCACCCUUGCCCUACUUGCAUGCCACUUUGACUUUUAACUGAAAUCAGUGUGAAUUCUGUAUGCAUAAGGGAUGUAAUAAAGAGGCGGGAUCAUUAACGCUAUAUCGUUGCAUACUAUUUUUCAUAUGCCUUACAAUAUUUUCUGGGAUGUUAUUAAAAUGAAAGCAUUUUAUUGCCAAAAUAAAUCUAUGUUGUUACUUAUAAUCUGCAUUAGCAGUAGAAAAACAAUGUAGCAAAAACAUAUUGUACAGUACAAAAUUAUAAAAUAUAUAUUUUGCCAAUAAUAUAAAAAUAGAUUGAGGAGAAAGAAGCACAUUUGUUAUAGCACAAACUUAUAACAAAAUCCACUGUUAAAUUUGGCAGUCAUAUUUUUUAAAAGUUUGUCGAUUUAGUUCUAAGUUUUAUCAGAUUUACUUCAUCUACCAUCUUUUUAACUUGCUGCUUGAUACUUUUCCAGCAAUUUAUUUCAUAGCCUUGCAAUCUGUGGAUGUAAUUUCUUUUGUUUUAUUCCCUUCCAUAAAAUUUAUUAAAUUUUAUUUUGUGAUAACACUCAUACCAUAUUUUCUCCUCUUAUUUCUUCUCUUUCAAUAACAACAACAGAAAGUCACAGCAAGUGAGCUCAUAGGGCUCCUCUGAAUUUUGGACAUGUUUGAGAUUUUCGUAUUUUUCACAGCCUCGAGUCAGAAUGAUCAAUAAAGAUGUCCCAACCACAAAAAAUUAUAUUAGUUAGGGAUUCUUUAAUUUGUUUUGUACUGAAUACUACUUUGAAACAUAAGUUAAAGCCAUUAGCUGUGUUUUUGUAGGGAUGGUGGGAGGGAAUAAAAAAUAAAUGUAUUAACAUAAAACAUACUAAAACAGAAAUAUGGCAAAAUGAUGUAAAAAGAUUUUUCCUACUAUUCUGAGGGCUGUUGAAAUCCCAGGCUAUUGCUAUAUCUCCAUUGACAAAGUGGGAUAAAAAAUGCCUUUGUCAAAUAAUUUUUUUUCUUUCUUUAAAUUUUAGUUAUUUAUUUUAAUAAUUUGUCCCUUUAUUUUUCUUAUCUAGGUAUGUGUAGCAUUCUACAAGGCAUGCUGGGUAAAAUAUACUAUGCAAAUGUGUACAGUGCUGCAUGUUUUGUUCUCCCUCUGCUUUAGUGGCUUUAAAGAAAAAAACGUGGUGUUAUUUUUGUGAAUAAAAACAUUAACAAAGAAAAUGCAGAGUGCAUGCUUAGAGUAUCCUCAUUUCUAUGGAUUUGUUUUAUGGAAUUUAAAUGUGUACAAAACAACUGCAUUACUUUUUUUCUUUUAUAUAAUAAAUGAAAAAAACACUGAAACCA